UCGACGUCCUUCUUCUCGUCCCUGUUUUCAGGAAGAGCUCAAGAUGGCUGAAUUUCUAGAUGACCAGGACACUCGACUGUGUGACAACUGCAAAAAAGAAAUUCCUGUGUUUAACUUUACCAUCCAUGAGCUCCACUGUCGAAGGAACAUUGGUGUGUGUCCUGUCUGCAAGGAACCAUUUCCCAAAUCUGACAUGGAGACUCACAUGGCUACGGAACACUGUCAGGUAACCUGCAAAUGUAAUAAGAAGUUGGAGAAGAGGCAGUUAAAGAAGCACGAGGAGACCGAGUGUCCUCUACGGCUUGCCCUUUGCCAGCACUGUGAUUUGGAACUUUCUGUUCUUAAACUGAAGGACCAUGAAGAUUACUGUGGUGCCCGGACAGAGUUAUGUGGCAGUUGUGGGCGCAAUGUCCUGGUGAAAGAUCUGAAGACUCACCCUGAAGUUUGUGGGAGAGAUGAGGAGGAAAAAAGAGAUGAGGUUGCCAUGCCUCCUAAUGCAUAUGAUGAGUCUUGGGGUCAAGAUGGAAUCUGGAUUGCAUCCCAACUCCUCAGACAAAUUGAGGCUCUGGACCCACCCAUGAGGCUACCCCGAAGGUCCCUGAGAGCCUUUGAAUCAGACCUUUUCCAUAGUAGGACUACCAACCAAAGGAACAUGACAGCCCAAUUUCCAAUUCAGAAUAAUCUAUUGGAAGAACAAGAAAGGCAGGAAAGGAAUAGAAGCCGACAGCCCCCCAAAGAGGGUGGUGAAGACAGUGCAAACUUGGACUUCAUGUUGGCCCUAAGUCUGCAAAAUGAAGGCCAGGCCCCCAGUGUGGCAGAGCAGGACUUCUGGAGGACCGUAUGUGAGGCAGACCAGUCCCGUGAAGAUCCCAAUAUUCUGAAUGACAUAAAAGGUGCAGCUGAUGACACCAUGUUGCCUUGUGAAUUUUGUGAGGAGCUCUACCCAGAGGAACUGCUGAUUGACCAUCAGACAAGCUGUAACCCUUCAUGUGCCUUACCUCCACUCAAUAUGGGUAGCACUUCCCCCAAAGGGGUGGAAGACCCUGAUAGCAUCUUCCAGAAAUAUCUGCAGCAGGCUGCAAGUAACCAGUUAGACUCUUUGAUGCGCUUGAGCCAUUCACCCCAUGUGGAGGACAGCAUCAUCAUCCCCUGUGAAUUUUGCGGGGUACAGCUAGAAGAGGAGGUGCUAUUCCAUCACCAGGACCAAUGUGACCAACGCCCAGCCACAGCAAACAACCAUGUGACGGAGAGGAUUCCUAGACAGGAUUUCCAGCCUCGAGAGACCUCGCCAGAGCUGCCCAAGAGGCGUAUCAGACACCAGGGAGACCUGUCCUCUGGUUACAUGGAUGAUAUCAAGCAGGAAACAGCUAACUGGCCCACCUACCCGCUUCCCCCCAGCAGACCCAUUAACAAUAUGACAGCUACCUCUAACCGACUGUCAACAUCCGCAUCAGGCCCCAGGCCUGGGUGCCAGCCCAGCCCGCCUCGAGUACUGAAGCUCAACAACCUAGACAGCCAGGGGCGGAAUCGAAACAGCCAUGAUGGGGCCGUGGCCACUGGGCACGUCCCAGUGAUUCACCCCACUCGAAAUCUCUAUCCAGAAAACCUUGUGCCCUCUUUCCCCCGUGGGUCUUCAGGGAGAUAUGGAGCAAGUGGUAGGAGUGAAGAUGGCAGGAACUCCCGGGUCACCCCCACAACCACCAGCUACCGCAGCAGAACUGCAAAGGCAAAAACUCCCAAGCAGCAGGGAGCUGGGGAUGCAGAGGAGGAAGAGGAGGAGGAGUAAUGGUGUCUGCAGAGAACCUGCAUGUUGGUUCCAUCUUCUCUGCACGGCAGCACUUGCCACAGCGCGGGCCCCGCCUCUCAGGCUCUCUGGCAGGGAAGACAUUACAGAUUUUUGCUCUUUCUAGGUUAUGGCCAUUCUGUGUCUUUUGAGACUGUGCUGUGGGAGUUUGAGGGUUUGAGGGAGGGUUAGCAGGGAGGCUGUUGAGAAACAUUUCAGCUUUAGCUGCUGCCUUUUGGCAGCACAGAAAUACACGUUAUGGUCUCUCAGCCCACCAGGGCUCCAUCUUUUGACAUACUGUCACCACUACUUCUUGGUGCUGUGUGGUCCUGGUGGAAAGAGGAGAGAGUUUCUGGUACCCUCACCAGUGAAGUGCUUCUUUUCCCUGUGGGGGCCUAAAUUUGGAAACUUUUGGGUAACCUCUCCUGUGUACUGUCUCCCCCCACUCUAGAAUUUGGGCCUCUGGGGUGUGUGGAGGAGCUCCUAUAAAGCCUUCAAGAAAGUUGCAAUCUAUGUUAGGAACAGGGUUUUUGAGAUGAGUUGAGCUAGAGGUGAGUGGACUUGGGGCUUUGAUUUAAUCUGCUUCUUUGGCGUUUGGCUUCACUGCCUUCUGUUUCUGGUGGAGAGUGUGGCUCCUUUGUCUUCACUGGCUUCUGAUGGAGAAGGCCGGGGGCUCCCUUUCCCUGCCAGGGCCAUGCUGGGCUCUGCCCUGAUCAGGAUGGAGCCUGUGACCUCCGUGGCUUGCUCUGAAAACCAAGAGCCCCCUCCCCCUCUUUUUUAUUUUACUGUUAUUAUUAUAAUUAUUAACAUCCUUGUAAUAGAAAUAAAGUUUUUACUUGGAGUUCA